AUGAUAUCAUACAUAAAGGGAGACCUCUUCAGCCACAAGGCCCCCUCAGGCACCACCCUCCUCGUGCACGCCUGCAACUGUCGAGGCCUGUGGGGAGCUGGCAUAGCAACCUCGUUUCGCAAGCGAUUUCCGUCCACCUACCACAAGUACGUGGACUUUUGCAAGCAGCACUCCGACAACCCAGCAGGGCUUCUUGGGAAAGCGUUGAUUCUCCCGUCCGAGGCUCUGGACCCUGGCAAGGCUGGGGUCUACGUGGUGUGCCUCUUCACCAGCGACUUUGCUGGCAAGAAGAAGCUCCAGCCCCUGGACAUUGUCUACUACACUCGUCAGGCCAUGAGGAGCCUCCAUGCCCAGCUCCCAAAGCUUGGAGGCGUGGAGACUGCUGGAGGCAAGGUGGUGCUAAACAUGCCUAAGAUCAAUGCCGGCUUGUUCGACGUCCCCUGGCCUAAGACUGAGGAGGCGUUGAAGGAGUUCGACCUCCAGAUUAACGUGUAUGCCCUUGACUAG